GGCCCGGCGCAGGCGCAGCAGGGCGGCCGGGUGCGCGGCGGCGGAGCGGGGCCAUGGAGGCGGGCGGCGGCGGCGGGCAGAGCCGGGUGCAGGGCGGGCCCGGCUCGGGCGGCGACGAGAAACCGGCGCCGCCGUGGGGCAGGGAGCGGCGGGAGCAGCCGGCGGGGCCCGAGAAGGAGCAGGAGCUGUCGGAGGAGGACAAGCAGCUGCAGGACGAGCUGGAGAUGCUGGUGGAGCGCCUCGGGGAGAAGGACACGUCCCUGUACCGCCCCGCCCUGGAGGAGCUGCGCCGGCAGAUCCGCUCCUCCACCACCUCCAUGACGUCCGUCCCCAAGCCCCUCAAGUUCCUGCGGCCGCACUACGGCAAGCUGAAGGAGAUCUACGAGGGCAUGGCGCCGGGGGAGAACAAGCGCUUCGCAGCAGACAUCAUCUCUGUUCUGGCCAUGACCAUGAGCGGGGAGCGCGAGUGCCUGAAGUACCGGCUGGUGGGCUCCCAGGAGGAGCUGGCGUCGUGGGGGCACGAAUACGUCAGGCACCUAGCGGGGGAGGUGGCCAAGGAGUGGCAGGAGAUCGACGAGGUGGACAAGGCUCAGCGGGACACGCUCCUCACCCUGGUCAAGGAGAUCGUGCCCUACAACAUGGCUCACAACGCGGAGCACGAGGCCUGCGACCUGCUGAUGGAGAUCGAGCAGAUGGACAUGCUGGAGAAGUACAUCGACGACAACGCCUACUCCAAAGUGUGCCUCUACCUGACCAGCUGUGUGAGCUACGUCCCGGAGCCUGAGAACUCGGCUCUCCUGCGCUGCGCCUUGGGCAUCUUCCGCAAGUUCAGCCGGUACCCCGAAGCGCUGCGCCUGGCCCUGAUGCUCAAUGACGUGGAGCUGGUGGAGGACAUCUUCACCUCCUGCAAGGACGUGGUUGUCCAGAAGCAGAUGGCCUUCAUGCUGGGCCGCCACGGGGUCUUCCUGGAGCUCAACGAGGACGUGGAGGAGUACGAGGACCUGACGGAGAUCAUGUCCAACGUUCAGCUCAACAGCAACUUCCUGGCCUUGGCCAGAGAGCUGGAUAUCAUGGAGCCCAAAGUGCCAGACGAUAUUUACAAAACCCACCUGGAAAAUAACCGGUUCGGGGGCAGCGGCUCCCAAGUGGACUCGGCCCGGAUGAAUUUGGCCUCCUCCUUCGUGAACGGCUUCGUGAACGCUGCGUUCGGACAAGACAAGCUGCUGACAGACGACGGCAAUAAAUGGUUGUACAAGAACAAGGACCACGGGAUGCUGAGCGCCGCAGCCUCGCUGGGCACCAUACUGCUGUGGGACGUGGACGGGGGGCUCACGCAGAUCGACAAGUACCUGUAUUCCUCUGAGGAUUACAUCAAGUCGGGAGCCCUCCUGGCCUGUGGCAUCGUCAACUCAGGGGUCAGGAACGAGUGUGACCCGGCCCUGGCCCUCCUGUCCGACUACGUCCUCCACAACAGCAACACCAUGCGCAUCGGAGCCAUUUUUGGCCUGGGGCUGGCCUACGCGGGCUCCAACCGCGAGGACGUCCUCACCUUGCUGCUGCCCGUGAUGGGAGACUCCAAGUCCAGCAUGGAGGUGGCCGGCGUGACCGCCCUGGCCUGCGGGAUGAUAUCCGUGGGCUCCUGCAACGGGGACGUCACCUCGACCAUCCUCCAGACCAUCAUGGAGAAAUCGGAGACGGAGCUGAAGGACACGUACGCCCGGUGGCUGCCGCUGGGCCUGGGCCUGAACCACCUGGGGAAAGGAGAGGCGAUCGAGGCCAUCCUGGCGGCGCUGGAGGUGGUGUCCGAGCCCUUCCGCAGCUUCGCCAACACGCUGGUGGACAUCUGCGCCUACGCGGGCUCGGGGAACGUCCUGAAGGUGCAGCAGCUCCUGCACAUCUGCAGCGAGCACUUUGACUCCAAGGAGAAGGAGGAGGACAAGGACAAGAAGGACAAGAAAGAGAAGGAGAAGAAAGAGAGCUCAGCCGACAUGGGGGCUCACCAGGGCGUAGCGGUGUUGGGCAUCGCGCUUAUUGCCAUGGGCGAGGAAAUCGGCGCCGAGAUGGCCCUGCGCACCUUCGGGCACCUGCUGCGGUACGGGGAGCCCACCCUGCGCCGGGCCGUGCCCCUGGCCCUGGCGCUGAUCUCGGUCUCCAACCCCCGGCUCAACAUCCUGGACACCCUCAGCAAGUUCUCCCACGACGCUGACCCCGAGGUCUCCUACAACUCCAUCUUUGCCAUGGGCAUGGUGGGCAGCGGUACCAACAAUGCCCGGUUGGCUGCCAUGCUGCGGCAGCUCGCCCAGUACCACGCCAAGGACCCCAACAACCUCUUCAUGGUGCGGCUAGCCCAGGGCCUGACUCACCUGGGCAAGGGGACGCUCACGCUGUGCCCCUACCACAGCGAUCGGCAGCUCAUGAGCCAGGUGGCCGUGGCGGGGCUGCUGACCGUCCUCGUGUCCUUCCUGGACGUGCGCAACAUUAUCCUGGGCAAAUCCCACUACGUGCUCUACGGGCUGGUGGCUGCCAUGCAGCCCCGCAUGCUGGUCACCUUCGACGAGGAGCUGCGACCCCUGCCCGUGUCGGUUCGGGUGGGACAGGCUGUGGACGUGGUGGGCCAGGCGGGCAAGCCCAAAACCAUCACCGGCUUCCAGACCCACACCACCCCGGUGCUGCUGGCGCACGGCGAGCGGGCAGAGCUGGCCACGGAGGAGCACGUGCCCGUCACCCCCAUCCUCGAGGGCUUCGUCAUCCUGCGCAAGAAUCCCAACUACGACGUUUGAGCUGGGGCGGGGGGGGGCUCGGGGGUGGGAAACAGGCGGUGUGGGGAGGUAGGGGUAAAAUUUAUUAUUUGUUUUUUCCUUUUUCUUUGUUUUGUUUUGUUACCGAGAGUUGAGGAAAUAAACUCUGUGGACACUCGUG